AUGCCGGAAGUUGUUGCUUCAAAAAAAGCUCCGGCGGCAAAGCUCGUCGACGGCGACGUGCAGGGUGGCGGCCACUCGCCACGCCGGCGCAAGCACGAUCGCCUGACGCGCGAGCCACGGCCACGGUCGCCGGCAACUCACCACGCCGGCCGCGCGCUGCUGCUCCGCCGGCGCCGCGCGCUGCAGCAUCUCCCGCGCGCUGCUUCUCCGCCGGCGCUGCACGGCUGCAAGCAUCUCUCCCGCGUGCUCCCCGGGACGAGCCCCGCCCCGCUUUCAUCCGCCGCGGGCGAGCCCCCGCGCCGCCCGCCACGGCCUCGCCUUCCACGGCUGCGCCCGCGCCACCCUCGCCCAGGCCGCGCCGCCUCGCCCAGGCCGCUCGCACAGGCCGCGCCCCGCGCCGCCCUCGCACGCCACGGCCGCGCCCCGCGCCGCCCGCCCGAGCCGUUCCCCGCGCUGCCCGCCACGCGAGGGCUCACAAGCCGCGCCGUCCUGGCCUGCGGAGUGCCGCGCGGGGAGCCGUCGCGAGGGCUCGCCGCCCACCACGGCCGUGCUCGCAUGAUCGCGCCCACCAUGGCCGCGCGAGGGCUCGCCGGCCUCGCCACGCCCGCCAUGGCCGUGCAGCGCGCGAGGGGCUCCUCACCAAGCUCGUCUCUGCUUGCCCCGCCCGCCUCCUCCAGCGCGGAGGCGCGCAGCGUCUCGGCGAGGUGCGGCCAUUUGGCCUCGCUCGUCGAAGUCGCUCUGCUCGCGGGACAUCGCGAGCGCCGCCUGCAGCUCCGGGCCGUCCUCCUCCCGGGGCUGGGGCUGGUGCGGGGGCUGGGGCUCGCCGAUGUAGAGGCCGCCGUGGCGGCGGCCAGCCCGCCUUGCGGUGUGCGCGGCUGCGCGCGCGGCCACGCCGUCCCGGAGGUGAAGCACGUGUGA